AUGCCGCGCUACAACGCCCAGCACCUCCUCCGCGCUCUGGAAGCAGCCAUCGGCCGCGAGAGCGCCCGCCUCGAGUUCAAAUGGAUGACCCAGGCCCUGUCCUCUGCGCCCCCACCAUAUCCCAUGACGAGGCACGCCCCCAUUCCAGACCUCCCCACCAUGAUCGCGCGACGGGUGCGCGGGGAGCCUCUCCAAUACAUCCUCGGCACCCAGCCGUUUGGCCCGCUCCAGCACCUGCGCGUCCGCCCGCCCGUCCUCAUCCCGCGCCCAGAGACCGAAGAGUGGGCGCUCCGCCUCUCCCGCAUGCUCGCCCCGUCCCCGCGCGCCCCGGUCCGCGUCCUCGACCUCUGCACCGGCACAGGCUGCAUCCCCCUCCUCCUCUGUGCCCAGUGGCCCCCCGGCAGCACCCUCGCCGUCGGCGUCGACAUCAGCACCGCCGCCCUCGAGCUCGCAGCCGAGAACGCAGCCGUGUGCGGCGUCCCCACGUCCACGCCCGCCGCCGCCGACGGCCCGCCACACCCGCCACACCCGCCCACGUCCACGAACGUCUUCAUCCCGUUCCGCGGCGACCUGAGCGACCCCGACCGCCUCGCACGCGCGCUCCCCUUCCGCCCAUUCCACGUCCUCACCGCCAACCCGCCCUACAUCCCGCGCGCCGAAUACGACGCGCUCCCGCCCUCCGUGCGCGACUUCGAGGACCCCGCCGCGCUGCUCGGCGACCCGCCCGGCGCGCCCGACCGGCGCGGGCUCACGUUCUACCACCACAUCGCGCGCGCGCUGCGCAGCGCCGGCGGGCGCGUGCUCGCGGACGGCGCGCUCGUCGCGCUCGAGGUCGGCGACGGGCAGGCGCGCGCGGUCGAGCGGAUAUUGUUGGACGAGACGCCGCUGCGGCGGACGGAGGUGUGGGAGGAUGCGUGGGGGAAGGAGCGCGUCGUGGUCGCUCGGGGGGGAUAG